AAUAAGUUGAGAUUGUUUGUGAAAGGAGGAAAGCAAGCAGUUGGACUACGAGGACAGGUGACCCUCAAAAAUCAAGAAAAAGUGAAGAAAUAUGGGGAGUUCUUGUUUUCAGCACUCUCCAUUCUGCCACUCUCGCUGCACCCCCUACUCUUGGCAAUGUUGUUUCCAGCCUCCAUUAUCGUUUUCUCCCUUGAGAAAUGCUCCCAACCGGAGAGCAAUAGUUUCUUGUUCUCAGCAAGAAAAUCCCAAAGACUGCAAUUCUUGCGCGAGGAGAGCGGCUGUCUUCACUGGUUUUGCAUUGCUUCCGCUUCUUAACUCGAGGGUAGAUGCAAUGAAAGGGUUUGCUGCAGAAAAUGAUGAACCCAGGGCUGAAGACCAGAAACAGAAAACAAAGGGAAGUUCAUCUCGGAACCCCUUUUGUUCACUUCUCAAUGAACUUGGGGUUUUUUGUUCGGGAGUGGUUGCCGGUCUAUAUGCUUCAAGAAACAAAGGAAAUGUCAUUUCGGAUGCAAUUAUAGAAUCU